AUGGGCGAUUGCCGCUUGAAGAUUAAAAUCUCUCUCAAACUUUUGAGUACAAGCGUCGAAGAACCAGGGGGGUGGCUGGUCUUUACAAAAGUUUGGAGCUCAGACACGACCAUUUGUGAAGUCUGCGACGAGCAUCUGGACGAUGCCGUUGUCUCCAUAAACAAUCUGCUCCGGCGAAGAGAGGGUUUUUCAGCCGCGCACUUGUGGGAUUGCACCAGCUAUCCUCCUCGAGAUGUAACUGAUUGGCCCUUGAAGAUCUUUUCGCAAACGCAAGGGUCACACAGUAAAACCCUUUUUGCUGCCGGAUGGUAUCCAUCAGGAUCGCUAGAAGUGCUGCCUGCUGAUGAAUCACCGCAGUUAGCGUCACGAAGUCAGUAUGACGACGUACAAUACAAUGUGCAGCAAGGAGAAAACUCGAUCGUUUUACACAAAAAGGGUAAACUGGCGGCUCUAACACCGACGCCAACCGAAAACGUGAAACCAUCCGAACUGCUGCGGAGUGUUACUAGCCGUUUUGACCGUGACGACGAAAAACACCGCGAUCUCGACGCCAAGGCUGCGCAGCUCCGUUGCGAAAACCUCCAACUGGCAAAAUCAAAACAAAAAGCUCGCAAUCAGCGUCUAGAAAUAAGGAUUCGCAAUCUCGAAAACGCCGGAAAGCAAAAGAACCGAUCUGUGUCUAGUCAAGUCCGCAACAUGCUGAUUAAAAGUCGGGCUACUGGGGCAGAAUCUUUAAAAAUGCAAGACCGUGUUUACUUUUAUUGCAUUCUAGUGGAUGAUGCCAAUGAAAUGUGCGAGCCUAAGGAAGAAUAUCGAUAUUACUCACCGCAAGAUACCAUCGGAAAGAUUUGUUCGCAAUUUACUUUGCCCGGGAAGGUAUCGGAGCUACUCAUUUGGCGCUCGGCGGAGUCAAAAGACGAAGCCAGAGGAGAUCCAUACCGUCGACUUCCAUCACUAAUGCGCAUUUAUGAAGCCAUCGGCGCAAAUUACUUGACAGGCAUAAACAAGAUCCUCAUACGGUUUUACAGAGCGGGCAUCGACGAAGCGACUCCAAGUAUUGACAAUAUCGCGCCCAUCGAAAUCCAAGACGACAAGACCAAGGGAUCGUUGAUUGGAAGCAUACCUGACAUAAACACCACAGUGACUAGCCAUGCGGAUGUCACUGCAGCAUCGCAAACGAAAUCGAGCUGCGAAGGCCAGAUUGACGAGCGAUUGACCUUGUCGAUCCAAGCAUUAGAUGAAAAAUCCAUUAAGCGCAAAUCUUCAGUCACCGCUCAAAAGGUCUUGCAGAUGAAGAUGAAAAGUAAGGCAAGAGGUGACUCAAAGCGUGUCAAGAUUGAAGACCGCUUCUUUCUCGAAUUAGUGAUUGCAACAGAAACGGAGUCCAACUACCGCUGUGAGAUUUUGCCCGUGUUUGUAGCCUUAACAGACAACCUAGAGCGCAUUGUUCGGGAUUUUGUCGACCACCCAGGUGGCUGUAAAGGCUGGGAAAUCCUUGUCCCGAAUGCUGACAGUUCCGUUUUUCUUCGCGGCACUCAGACGACCAUGUGUCUCAAAGAGUUGAGCGAAAAGGGUAUCAUUCGACAGUUCAACCGUAUUGUCAUAAAGUUGUAUUGAACACGCUU